CCUUCGCACACAAGAUGGCGGCGCCCAGCGGAGUAGAGGCCGCGUUUGGGGUUUGCUGAGGCUGACGCCCUUUCCCACUACCCCUUUGGACGCAAAGCGCCGCGAGCCCAGAGGACGGGGGCCGGGCGGGGACAGGGGUACCUGCGUAGCUGGACCGCGAGCCCGCGCCCAGCCUGCGCCGCCCCCACCCGGCCCCGGCCCGAAACCAUCCGUUCCCGGUCUCCUCUCGGUCUGACCCACUGCCCGGUCGUGGUUCGCCACCACCAAGCCUCCAAAGCUGAGCUCUCUCCUCCAGCCCGGGCUUACCUCACUUUAGAGAUGUUUGGCCUCUUCCUUCCCAGACAGCCCGACUUCAAAACCGGGACUCGUGGACCGGCACCUGGCCCCUUUUCCCUCCACUGAGACUCCACCCCGCUCUAACCCACUUCUUCCUCAGAUUCUUGGUUCUCCCUGGCUUGGAGACUGCUCACUUCCCUUCCAAAUUGAUCCCCGACGCCCCCCAAUAUUAUCAGCCUUGACACCCCCCUCAACCUGGAGCCAGACUUCCUUUUGGAUUAACCUCCACAGCCCUAUCAUGGAGGCUGUGUACCUGAUAGUGAAUGGGGUGGGCCUUGUGCUGGACCUGCUGACCUUGGUGUUGGACCUCAACUUCCUGCUGGUGUCCUCCCUCCUGGCUUCCCUGGCCUGGCUCCUGGCCUUCAUCUACAACCUGCCACACACGGUACUGACUAGUCUUUUGCACUUGGGCCGCGGAGUCCUGCUUUCAUUGCUGGCCUUGAUUGAAGCCUUGGUGCGGUUCACCUUUGGGGGGUUGCAGGCCUUAUGUACCCUGCUGUACAGCUGCUGCUCUGGCCUGGAGAGCUUAAAGCUCCUGGGGCACCUGGCCUCUCACGGGGCACUGAGGAGCCGGGAGAUACUGCACCGAGGUGUCCUCAAUGUGGUCUCCAAUGGCCAUGCUUUGCUGCGCCAGGCCUGUGACAUCUGUGCCAUUGCCAUGAGCCUAGUGGCCUACGUGAUCAACAGCCUGGUGAACAUCUGCCUCAUUGGCACUCAGAACUUUUUCUCCCUGAUGCUGGCCCUGUGGGAUGCAGUGAUGGGACCGCUGUGGAGGAUGACGGACGUUGUAGCUGCCUUCCUAGCCCACAUUUCCAGCAGUGCCGUGGCCAUGGCCAUCCUCCUCUGGACCCCCUGCCAGCUAGCACUGGAGCUCCUAGCGUCAGCUGCCCGUCUCCUGGCCAGCUUCGUGCUUGUCAACGUCACCGGCCUGGUGCUGCUGGCUUGCGUGCUGGCUGUGAUGGUGACUGUGUUGCACCCGGACCUCACCCUGAGACUGGCCACCCGGGCACUCAGUCAGCUCCACGCCCGGCCGUCCUACCACCGGCUCCGAGAGGAUGUGGUGCGGCUGUCUCGCCUAGCACUGGACUUGGAGGCCUGGCGCCGAGUCUGGAGCCGCAGCCUGCAGCUGGCCACCUGGCCAAACCGGGGAGGGGCUCCUGGGGCCCCUCAGGGUGGCCCUAGGAGGGUGCCCUCAACCAGGACCUGGCGACAGGACAUUCUUCCCGAAGCAGGGCCCAGAUCAGAGGCAGAAGAGGCAGAAGAGGUCAGGACGGCCAGAGCAACAGCUGCUCGCGGCCGGGAGAGGCUCAACGAGGAAGAGUCUGUCGCGGGGCAAGACCCAUGGAAGUUGCUCAAGGAGCAGGAGGAGCGGAAGAAAUGUGUCAUCUGCCAGGACCAGAGCAAGACGGUGCUGCUUCUGCCCUGUCGGCACCUGUGCCUGUGCCAGGCUUGCACUGAGAUCCUCAUGCGCCACCCUGUCUAUCACCGCAACUGCCCACUCUGCCGCCGGGGCAUUCUGCAGACCCUCAAUGUCUACCUCUGAAGCCUCCUUCCCUGCCUGCCCGCUCUGCUGUGCUCCAUGAGCCACCUGCGCUAGGACAGCUUUCACACCUGACCUCUUGGUUCCUGGCCUGAAUUCCCUCCUGCCCCCAUGGCCGUCACGCCGAGCCUCCAAGCCAUACGUCCAGGACAUGGAGAUAGGCUAUUCUGGAAGACUGUGAGCUGGGUGGGGCAGGGUAACAGCUUUUUCUCACCCAGUGCACCCCUGUGUGAUGCCAGAGGUGGUGAGUGUGUCACUGUGCAAGGCCCUGAGACUGCUGUGGAGCCCCCUCUAGCUUGCCAGGGCCCAUCCAGAUGCCAGCCUCUGGGGCUCCCCUUCUACUUCUGGUGUUUCUGUUGGGGAUUUGCAGGUCCUCUCCCUGACCCCUCCCCAUUUCCUCCCCAGCUUCUGCAGCCACAACACAUCACUGUCCUUCAGAUGUUUUGGUAACACAAGGGCCUUGGAAUGAACUUGAACCUUUGCUUUCAGCCAGAGCACCUGUGCACUGGUGGGCCUUGGGGAUAGUAUCUCUCAGGUGCACUUAGCGUGACCACUUCUGCCAAUCUUGAUCUUAUGAGGCUCCCUCCCAACCUGAUCCAACAGUUAGGAUCAAGAGUUUACCCCUGGGGGGGGUGUCUGCACCCGGCUUUGGGACCAUGUUACCCUCUGGCACCCCAGCUCCACUGGGAGCCUCAGAAGGGAUAACCAGAUUUCUACUUCUACCCCUUUCACUCCCCACAUCACAGAGAACAAUGGCAUUCCCCUUCUGUUUGUCUCUCCCUGGCACUGGGGAGGGCAGACUGCACAUUUCACUAGGGUCCAAAUAUGGAAGGGGCCAACCUAGGAGUAUGCAGCUCCCUCAUGGGUCUGUCUGACCCAGAUGGGUCUGUCCGGCCCAAUUUCUGGUGAAUAAAUUUCUCUUGACAGCUC